CGGGAGUCAUUACCGCCGACGUGAAUAACAAUCUUACUGUAUUUACGUUUAUCCUUAGCCAGCAGUUUCAAAUGAUGAGAAGUUUUUAAAAGUGAGUGGGAAUGACCACUUAUUCAGUGCCUGAGGCUUUUAAUGUGAAAAAUACCAACAUACAUCCAAGCUGAAAGAAUAAGGUUAAGUUUGUCAUACCUGCCUUAAGAACAUUAAAUCAACAUAUUCAUAUUAUAGACUACACUUGUCCAUUCAGACAUUCACUCUGUCAGCGAUUUUCUGUCUUCCUGCAUGUGUCAGCUACAGCUGUGCUACUUAGAUUAUGUCUAUUUGUCUAAUAUUACAGUUUGCUCUUCCUUUUUAAAAUAUGGCGCUCUGCUUCCAGUGGACUUUUCCAUACUGCGAUAGGUCAUCUGCUGCUAACACCGCCUCUUUUAUGUGAACGCGCUCAUGGCUAGAUUUGGAAACCCUGAGUUGACUUACCGAGUUGAUAACCAGCUUUGUGUGACCGCUCAUCUUGAUCCCAAUUGUUAUAGUUAGUGAAGCCAGAUAACGAAAAGAUAUCCUGGGUGUGCUGAACCGGCUUCAUGAUACAGGCUCCAAACCUCAAUCCAGCUAAACUCAGAAGAGGAAACAGAAACUGCAAGUCAUUCAGUCUUUCAAUGUACUGUCAUAUCCAUCUUUUCAGCCUUGCAUCCUUUUAUUUAUCAUACAAACACUAUCAGUAACACAAUUCUGUUUUUUCCUCAGAUCCAGAUAGGAUGUCAAACAGACCAUCUCAACGAUGCAGAGUUGAAGAGAGCACCAUGUGUUCAUGAACGAUUUCCUGUUACCUCAGAGGUGAUGCAGGUGUGGAACCUGUGGGGUGGACUCAUCUACCUGGUAGCCCCACCCAAAACACAAGUGCAUGGGGUAGAGGUCACAGUGCAGAUGGCUGUACCUGCGCCGUACUAUAGAUCAGGUGUGACAACAGCAACUGAUUGGUCGUUGUUGCGCACAGCCCCUGCACCCUGGGCAGAGUUGGAGUUUGACAACAUCAUCCUUACUGUACCAUCAGAUGUUGUUCGGAGCCUGGAGCGCCCUGAUGAGCUGGCAGUGUUCUGGGAUGACAUAAUGAAGAGUGUCGCUGAUCUUGCUGCCAUCCCACACAACUUUCCACGCAAAGAACGUUUUGUUACUGAUGUGCAGAUUUCCGCUGGUUGGAUGCAUUCAGGUUAUCCUGUGAUGGCACACAAGCCCACAGCAGCUGAGCUUGUCAGCAUUGACCUUGCUAAGAGUAAAGGCCUGUGGGGCCCCAUACAUGAGCUUGGACACAACCAACAGAGAAGCUGCUGGGAGUUCCCAUCACACACCACAGAGUGUACAUGCAACCUGUGGUCAGUGUAUGUGCAUGAAGAGGUGCUGAGGAUCAACAGGGAACAGGCUCAUCCAGCAAUGACUUCAGCAAAUCGAAAUAGUCGAGCAGAGGAGUAUGUUAAGGGGGGCAAGAAACUCAGCAACUGGCAAAUGUGGGUGGCCCUGGAGACAUAUAUGCAGCUCCAGGAAAAGUUUGGCUGGGAUGCCUUUAAGAAGGUGUUUGCUGCCUACCACAAGAUGUCCAACUUUCCCAAUGACAACUACGGAAAGAUGAACCUGUAUGCAGAGACCUUCUCCCAGACUGUGGGGAUGAACUUGGCUGGAUUCUUCAAGGCCUGGGGCUGGCCCAUCAAAACAGCCACUGAAGAGAAACUCUGCAACCUGCCUCCCUGGAGUGACCACCCCAUGGUCCAGUAUGACUGAACUUCAGACUGCUGCUGAUUAAAAUUGUAGAGAGAUGGGUUCACUGAGUACCAAAUUCUUUUGGCAGAUAGGUGUCAUUUACGCUGGAUAGGUGUCAUUGUUUACUGGGUAAUUCAAUUAACUGUCUGUUUUUUUUGUUAUUGUAUGUACCAUGUAUUUUGACCACCACUACAAGCUGGGCUAGAUUUGUUUUUCGAAGAUGAGCUAGAAAAACAGUGAAAUAGUUUUAUUUGGAAAUGCAGCAUUUAUAACCUUUGCUGCAGUCAACUCUCACAUGCAGCCUCUUCAUAUCUGCUUGUAGACCUUUUGCUUCAUUACACCUGUGCUGCACGUAUUGGAGGACAAUUUAAUUUCAGAAUACUAGUAAAAGUAAUUUAUAAGAAAUAUUUUUGGUUUCAGGGUCAAAAAAAUCAUUCAGG